AUGGCUGGGGUUGGGUUGGGGUCUUCAGGCCAUGGGGAGAACCUGGUUGGGGUCCCACAUGUUCCAAAGGAGGAGGUUGUGGUGGGUCUGGGGUCUUCAGUCCAUGAGGAGAACGUGGUGGGGGUCCCAGAGGUCCAUGACGAGAAGGUAAUGGUGGGUCUGGGGUCUUCCCGCGAGGUUCUGGUGGUGGGAUCGGGCUCCUCAGGGGGGUCUGGGGAGGUGGUGGUUGUGGGUCUGGGGUCUUCAAACCAUGGGGAGAACCUGGCUGGGGUCCCACAUGUUCCAAAGGAGGAGGUUGUGGUUGUGGGUCUGGGGUCUCCGGUCCCCCAGGUCACAAGGGAGAAGGUGGUCGUGGGUCUGGGGGCUUCUGGGGAGGUUGUGGUGGUGGGAUCGGUGCAUGGGGAGACCCCCGAGGAGACCCCAAUUGUGGGUCUGGGGUCUUCACCCCAUGGGGAGAACCUGGUGGAGAUCCCAGAGACCCCCAAGGUUGUGGGUCUGGGGUCUUCGGUCCAUGGGGAGAACGUGGUUGGGGUCCCAGAGACCCCCAAGGUUUUGGGUCUGGGGUCUUCAGGAUGUGGUGAGACCCCAAUGGAGACCCCCAAGGAGACCCCAAUUGUGGGUCUGGGGUCUUCAGGGUGUGAAGAGACCCCAAUGGAGCCCCCCAAGGAGACCCCAAUUGUGGGUCUGGGGUCUUCAGCCCCAGAGGAGACCCCAGCCCAGAAUUUGGACCCCCAGACCCCUCAGGAGACCCCCAGGGACCCCCAAAUCCAUGGAGGGACCCCCGAGAUGGUCCCAGACCCCCCGAAAAAACCCCAAAAUUUUGGGGUGGUCCCAGAGCCCCCCAAAGACCCCCAGGACCCCCC